CUGCAUGGAGUGUGUGCCCAGGCACACACAGUCUGGCCAAGUGGCAGAGCAGGUGCGGGACUGUCCCUCAAGUGAGCUUUCUGGGUUCAGGGGAGAAGGCUGUUGAGACUGGCAGCUGCGGGCAGUUUGCCCCCACCACAGGCUCUGGACCAGACCCACCUCCCUGGACGACAGUGCCUGCUGCAGACAGCAUGUCUACCCACGGCUCGGGGACAGAGGCGGACUCUGACACCCAGGUGCCUGCAGAAGGACCAGAACACCAGCCCAGCGUGGUGGGCCGGGUGGCCAGCAUGCCCCUCAUCAGCUCCACCUGUGACUUGGUGUCGGCCGCCUAUGCCUCCACCAAGGAGAGCCACCCCCACGUGAAGACCGUCUGUGACGUGGCAGAGAAAGGCAUCAAGACCCUCACUGCGGCCGCGGUCAGCGGGGCCCAGCCCAUCCUGUCCAAGCUGGAGCCCCAGAUUGCAUCGGCCAGCGAGUUCGCACACAGGGGCCUGGACAGGCUGGAGGACAGUCUGCCCGUCCUGCAGCAGCCCACGGAGAAGGUCCUGGCGGACACCAAGGAACUCGUGUCGUCCAGGGUGUCUGGGGCCCGGGAAAUGGUGUCUGACACCGUGUCCAGCGCCAAGGAUGCUGUGGCCACCCGAGUGUCGGGGGCAGUUGACGUGACCCGUGGGGCUGUGCAGAGUGGUGUGGACAUGACCAAGUCCAUCGUGACCAGUGGUGUCCACUCGGUCAUGGGCUCCCGCGUGGGACAGAUGGUGAUGAGCGGGGUGGACACGGUGCUCUGCAGGUCGGAAGAGUGGAUGGACAACCACCUGCCCAUGACGGAUGAGGAGCUGGCGCGCAUCGCCACGUCCCUGGAGGGCUUCGACGUGGCCUCGGUGCAGCAGCAGCGGCAGGAGCAGAGCUACUUCGUGCGGCUGGGCUCGCUGUCGGAGCGGCUGCGCCAGCGCGCCUACGAGCACUCCCUGGGCAAGCUGCGCAGCACCCGGCAGCGGGCCCAGGACGGGCUGCAGCAGCUGGCGCAGGCGCUCAGCCUGAUGGAGACCGUCAAGCAGGGUGUGGACCAGAAGUUCGUGGAGGGCCAGGAGAGGCUGCACCAGAUGUGGCUCAGCUGGAGCCAGAAGGAGCAGGGACCACAGGGCACCGAGAGGGACCCAGCCAGGCCAGAGCAGGUGGAGUUGCAGGCGCUCACCAUGUUCCGGGGCAUCACCCAGCAGUUGCAGACCACCUGUGCCUCCCUGGCGUCCAGCAUCCAGGGGCUGCCCUCCCAGGUGAAGGACCAGGUGCAGCAGGCCCGCCGCCAGGUGGAGGACCUCCAGUCCACCUUUGCCAGAAUCCACUCCUUCCAGGACCUGUCCGGCAGCAUCCUGAUGCAGAGCCGUGAGCAGGUGGCGAAGGCCCGAGAGGCCCUGGACCGCACCGUGGAGUUCGUGGCCCGGAGCACCCCCGUCACGUGGCUGGUGGGGCCCUUCGCCCCCGGGAUCACGGAGAAGGCCCUGGAGGGCGGCCCGGGAGGAAGCGAGGCUGGCGCUGCCCCCCCGCCCGAGGGGCCCAGCAGCGAGGAGCCGGCCCCUGGCCACUGAAGCCUGCUCAGGCCUCACGCCACAGGGAUGUUUCCAGCCAAAAAAAUUUUCUAGAAAUUUCCAAAAAAUCUCUUUUUCCUUCAGUAAGAAUCGAUCGUUACCUUAGCUGUCACAGGUCCUUUCCUCCACCAAAGCCCCUUCCCAGGCCUCCUAAGUGGCCUUGGACUUGGUCUGAGAGCUGGCUCCCGGGCCCCGCCUGUUGUGGACCAGGAGGGGCUGAGGCAGCUCCGCCGUGGCCUUAAUAAACGCGCCCGCAGGA